GACAGUAAACCUUCUAAUUCAACAAAUCUUGCUCAGUUGAGUUCACAGUCUGAAGGCCAACCAACCACAAGAUAUGGAGCAACAACUAGUUCUCUCCAAGAGCAUUGACAAUAAUGAAGCUGUUAUCAUGCAGAAUAUCGAUGAGGAUGAGAUUUUCCCAUCUGAAAAAACCAACUAUGUAGUUUGCACAAGUAAAAUAGAAGGCAAUAAAAAGACUAAGAAAGGCUUAAUAAAGAUGCGAAGCCUGGACUUUGCAAAGGAAUCACCAAUACACGGAAAAUCUCUGCAUCAUGCAAGAUCAUUUAGUUCUCAUUUUCUAAUAAACAUAGAUGAGAUAAUGAGCGAUGAUGAUAACGAAAAAGGUGCACUUAUAAGCAAGACUUCAAGUGGAAAUAUGGGAAUUUUCCCCUACGACCAAUCCUCCAUUACCUCACAAAGCAUCUCUGAUGACGUGACAUUAGAAAACACGCGAAAAAAGAACAAUAUCAUGGAAGUGAAGACAUCAUGCACUAUGGAUCAGGAGGAUGAAGAUUCAUGCAGCUGGAGAAGAAUACAAAUUGAGCCAACAUUACGUAUACGUCUUAAGUUUCAGGAUGUGAAGUACACAGUGGCGUUGAAGGGAGAAAAGCAUUCUGAUGCAGAAAAGUGCAUACUGCAAGGAGUGAGUGGUUCAGCCUGUCCAGGUGAAGUUCUUGCUUUAAUGGGACCUUCAGGUGGUGGUAAAACAACUUUACUCAAGCUUCUGAGUGGAAAGGUAAAGAAUGAUAGUGGAAUGAUUACUUACAAUGACCAGCCAUAUAAUAAGUCACUGAAACAAAGGAUCGGGUUUGUGCUGCAAGAUGAUGUUGUAUUUCCCCAUCUCACUGUGAAAGAAACCUUAACAUACGCUGCUUUGCUUCGUCUACCCAAUAAGUUAACUAAAGAACAGAAGAAAGAGAGAGCUAUUAGUGUUAUAAAUGAGCUUGGCCUAGAAAGGUGCCAAGACACAAUAAUUGGAGGGGUAUUUGUUAGAGGAAUUUCAGGAGGCGAAAGAAAACGAGUUUGCAUUGGAAAUGAAAUUCUUCUGAAUCCAUCACUUUUGUUCCUAGAUGAACCAACAUCUGGUUUGGAUUCAACCACAGCACUUCGAAUCGUGCAGACGUUGCACAACAUUGCCAGGGCUGGCAAGACAGUGGUAACAACAAUACAUCAACCAUCGAGUAGAUUAUUCAGCAGAUUCGAUAAGCUGAUUCUUUUGGGACAAGGCUGCUCAAUGUAUUCUGGCAAAGCCUCUGAAGCAAUGCUAUAUUUCUCUUCAAUUGGUUGUUCUCCCCUCAUAGCAAUGAAUCCAGCAGAGUUUCUUAUUGAUCUUGCAAAUGGAAAUAUAAAAGACAAGUCUAUUCCUUCAGAUCUAGAGAACAAGUUUCUACCAGGAAACCAUCAUUUUAAGAGCGAAAAUGAAGGACCUUCCUCAGCUGAUGUUCAUGAGUAUUUUGUUGGGGCUUAUGAGUCAAGGGUUGCCAACGAAGAGAAAAUAAAGCUCCUGAACCAUCGCCUAAUAGAGGAAGAUUCAGAAGAGCAGAGUUGGCCUAAUUUAAGAGAUUCUGGUGCAACAUGGAACCAACAGUUUUCAAUUCUUUUCACAAGAGGUAUUAAGGAGCGAAGCCACGAAUACUUCAGCAGUCUUCGGAUAAUUCAAGUCAUAGCUACAGCUAUUAUUGUUGGCUUACUAUGGUGGCAUUCAGACACUUCAUCUCCUGAAAAGGUGGCAGAUCAGGCAGGACUAUUGUUCUUCAUUUCAGUAUUUUGGGCUUUCUUUCCUCUAUUUGCAGCAAUCUUCACAUUCCCACAAGAAAGGGCAAUGUUGGUUAAAGAGAGAUCAGUGAACAUGUACAAGCUUAGUGCCUAUUUCGUCGCCAGAAUUACUACUGAUUUGCUUCUGGACAUAGUUUUGCCUGUAGUAUUCUUGGCGAUUGUAUAUUUCAUGGUUGGGUUGAAGCUGACAUUCCCUGCAUUUUCUUUAACUUUGGUCACUGUUUUACUCUGCAUAAUUGCUGCUCAGGGCUUAGGUUUGGCUAUAGGUGCAGCAUUCAUGGAUGUGAAAAAAGCAACAACUUUUGCUUCUGUUACUCUCAUGACAUUCAUGUUGUCUGGAGGAUUCUUUGUCCAGGAAGUUCCAAGAUUCAUUUCAUGGGUUCGGUAUAUCUCUAUUAACUAUCACACAUACAGACUUCUCUUAAAGAUUCAGUAUAACUCCUUGGGAAGUUCAAAGUAUGGAUCAGUUGUCCCUGAGUCUGGUGGAGUUGAAGUAGGAGCAAUGUUGGUGAUGAUCAUUGGAUAUAGGUUAUUAGCCUACUUCCUCCUUAAAAAAAUGAAACUGAGAACAACUACAUAAUUGAAUUUUCUUUUAUCAUUCAAGCUCCAAUUACUACCAAUAAGUUGUACUGCAACAUUUUGUACUAUGUUCUUUCUUAAU